AUGGAGGAGAUCCGAGUCAAGAUUCGAAAGCAUGGCAAUCCUUCUGGCAAAUUGCUUCGCUUUCACAAAUCUAUCGAGCUUACUCCUUUGAUAAUAAAGAUCGCAAACAAGCUAUUGAAGAACGAGGUCAGAUCGGAUUUUGAUGCAAGUCGACACCAGCUGUUGCUCGGGGGUGAAUUCGUUGUUGACAGUGUCUCAGAAAUUGACGACGGCGAUGAAUUGGUGCUCAGCCAGAUAGAUGACACAGUGGAGACAGACACUCCUCUGUCGGGAGCAAAUAGCAGCCCAUCUCACCGGGUGUCUCCAGCCGCUGCGAAUGUUACCCCUGUCGUGAAAAAAGAAGAGGAAUCCGAUGAGAUGCCUAUAAAAGUUGAACCGUACGAAGCGGGGGAACUCAUUUCUGUAGCUGACGACGACGAUGAUGUCAAGCCCGAUAUCAAUACUUCAAAGAGUAAUCAAUCUACUGGUCCAACGGAAAGAUCAGCAGGUGUCAAACGAAAGGUGGCUCCCGCCGCAGCAAGUGCUCCUGGUUCAGCGUCGCUGAAACGAGAAGAUGAGGAAUUUCCACGGGUCGUCCGGAGGCCAAAGAAGGCCCCCGUAAUAAUUACAAUUGAUGAUGAAUCCGACACCGAUGACGAUGGCGAUGAAGAUGUUUCAAGUGAUGGAUCAAUUGAAGAUGGAUCAGAUGCCUGGAUGUCAUCAGAUGGAGAAGACGACGACGAUGAAGAAGAAGAUGGGAAGGAAGAUUCUGACUUUGAACCUGGUUCGGACGAUGAUUCUGAUGAUGAUGCAGAAAUGAAAGCUUCUAGAGCGAAGGAGCCAAAAGAAUCACCACUACAAGUUCUUAUGGAUGAGAAAGAUAUACCAUCUGCUCCUGGAAAACGAGAAGGUAGCAAUGAAGGCGACCAAGAGGAGGAAGUAUCUCUACUUAUUGAUGGAGCUGGUCGAAAAAACACGGACAAGGCUGUGAAGGAUCGCAUCAUGAAGCUACUUAAUACUGGUUUUCACGAUCAAUCCAAUGAGCAUGAAGCAAAGAAUGCCAUGAAGCUUGCAAACAAACUGAUGAGAAAGCACAAUCUUUCCCAGGCGCUUCUGCUGAAGGAACGCGACGCAAAGAACAGUGGCACCCAGGCAAAUGAUGGAGUCUUGAGAGGAGGCAUGGUACAUGUAAAGAUUAUCAAUCGCAAGACACAAAAGGCGGCACUCUUUGCUAGGUGGCUGGGUACGCUUACGUCACAUGUUGCGACCAACUUUGACGUAAAGACCUACUAUAGCACAAGUCGAGGACGCAAGUGCAAAGUGACAUUUUACGGCAUUUACACAAAUGCGCAACUAGCAGGUUAUGCCUUUCGAGUUGCCGCUGAAAGAAUUUCUCAAAUGGGUGCUACGUAUCAACCCACAAAACGUUCCGGCAUCAGCCUUGCCAGCUGUCGACUUAGUUACUGUAUUGGGAUCGUCAAAGGAAUAGGAGAGGAAGUAGACCGAACUAUCCAUGAAGAAAAAAUGAAACGAUUGCGAAAGUUGGAGCGAGCUCGACGUGCAGUCUCACAGGGCGAAGCCUAUGAAGAAAGUGACGAAGAAGGGAGUGACGGCAACGACAGCGAUGGACCUGGUUACUCUUUCCCGGAUCGAAAGGAUGGCGAAAGCAAGAAGCCAAGUGCUACUGCCGCAUCGAUCAAUGGAAGCUCCAGGCAGCAUGGCGGCGAUGACAACAGUACAAGCGACCAAGCCCCCCUUCUUGGUAUGAAUGGGGAAUCACGUCUGACAGUGCCGCCAGUCCUUUCGGGCGAGACUUUGGAUAAACGUCUCAGAGAGCUGGAAAACGAAAAUCAAGCCGCUAUAACACUUGUCGAUCACCGAAAGAAGGUAGCAGAGGAAAUUCUCAAGGAGAAUGGAAUCAAGCUAUCAUCUUCAAGACCACGUGCGCAGAUGAACUUUGAUCACAACUCGUAUCGUCAAGGUAUUGAAGACGCCAAAGAAGUAGACAUCAAUCAAAGGGCGAUUCGAGACGAGGUGAAAGUGAAAAGGGAAAUGAAGAGAGAGUAG